GUUGUUGUACAACAAGAUGACGUGCAAGUUCUGCGGCGAUUACAUAACGAAACGGGUCUCUAUGAAUACAAAUGUUCCGGCAGUUAUAGGAACAUUAGGGAUGUUUGUGCUCGCGAUUUUAUUGAUGCUCAAAUCGAUCUGGAUUAUCGGAAAUCUUGGGAUCCUAAUGCUAUAACACUGGAGUUAUUAAAUGAAAAUAUUGAAGAAUGCUCGGAAACCGUGCGGUGGAUUGUAAAAUUUCCUUUUCCGUUUUAUCCUCGGGAAUAUAUUUUUCUCAGACAAAGAUGUUAUGAUGCAGAAAAAGUAGUUAUUUCAAGCUCUGCAGUUGGUCCUGAACAGUAUCCAAGUACGGAGAACUGUGUUCGAGUUACCACUUACCAGUCAAUUAUGAUCGUCAAUUUUCAUGGCACCAUUGACGAUAAAGGAUUGGAUUAUAUAUUAACUUAUUAUGAAAAUCCUGAGUGUAAUCUUCCAUCAUAUAUCUACAAUUGGGUUGUCAAUAGUGCCGGUCCCUUUUUUCUUCAACGGGCAUAUAAUGCGGCUAAAGAAUUGGAAAUUCAUCGUAAAAGCUUCCUUAAUGAUAAUGAAUCGGAUGUGGUUGACCUAAAUGAAUUAUCUUCUCGGAGUUUCCUAGCUGAGAGUGAACUAUCUGAGGAAACUGGAAUUUUAUCAAAAGAUAGUCGAAGCGCGUUUCAAAAUAGUUUCGUUGUAUGUCCAGAAAUUCUAGUUUCAGAUCAAAAUGACUCUUCAAAAGCCCACUUAGAUAAUUCUUCUGAUAUUUGUACAUUUUUAAAUAAUACUGGUAAGGAAAUUUUAUCAACCGAUAACGAAUGUUGUCAGAUAGGUUCUUCAGAGAUUUCUUCUUCUCAUAAACCUGAAUUUCAAGCGUCGCAAUUGUUAUACGGUCUAUAUCAACCGUCAGAAUUUGUAAAAUUUUCAGAAUUUGCUGAUGGUUUUUUAUCUUAA